AUGAAAGGGAGGAUGAAGAUGAAGAAACUCGAGAUCUAAAUAGCCGUAUGUGAAAUAUCACCUUAGUGAGGUUGGAGCACGUUAGGCAGAGUCUAAACGGCUUUGGUUAAACCUUGAGGGACCAGUCCCAAACCCACGGUAAACCUCCUCAGCGCCCGCGCCCGAGCCAGGCAGACUUGAACAACCACUCGAAUAAUCCCCCCCCCCAACAUCAAUCUUCUCCCUCCGCAUUCCGCCUCCUUCCCUCGGCUCUAUCCACCCUUCGUCACAGAUUUCGACGUCUUAAUCCCCUCUCCCUCUUCUCUCACGUCGUUUGUUCUCAAGGGAUGCUCACGGUACGCUGCUGCUAUCCGGCAGUUCGUCAGUCGCCCGCGUCCCCCUCAUUUCGGCGAGCCUGAAAUUGCGACCUCCGGCGUUGGAGCUUGUCGACUAAUCUGACAUUACUGGCCUUGCUCGAGGAAGGCGCUGAAAUUUGACAGUGCCGCAUUGCGCCGAUCGCCACACCGAUCAGAUCCUGGGCGUGGUCUCUCCAGCGCGCGUCUCAACAAUGGCAGAUCCCAAUGGUUACCAGCCAUACUAUGGUCAGCCUGGCAACCCUCCGACCACCUCCCAAGCUGCGACCGGUCGCUACGAAACAUACGUCCCUCAGCAAAACCCCGUCCAGAACCAGCAGUUGCCGAGACGGAUGCCAAGCUACAAUGCUGGUGAUGACUCGCAGCUGAACACUUCCCGAGUCCACAAUGCGCGACCGACCGACGCAAACCCAAGAUACUCGGUGCAGAGCAGUGGACACGGGCCCGGCGUAGGACAGGGAGGCUUCAAUAUUGCUUCGGGAGGGUACGAGGAUGAUCGUGAAUCGUCGGUGUUUGCGCGCACUCCAUCUGACCAGUCUCGAAUGUCUCCUACUCGCGCCUCGUCGCACACGAGCGCCUCGAGCUAUGGGUACCGAUACCCUGCGUCAUCUGGUCAGCCUGCGUACAACCCUCAGCAAUAUGGCCUGCCGCAAUCGCAGACACAGCCGAACCUCACAUAUAACCCCUCAACCUAUACUGUACCCAGCCACAAUGCGCCCUACACGAACACCGUUUCAAGUCACCAGCCUUAUAACCCCGCGGCAUACCAACAGUCCGCGGUCGCAAGCUUGAGCUCACCCGUUCUUGCGCGACGACCAAGCGAAGCCUCGCAUUAUGGGCCGACCCCUCCCACCCCGCUGUCUCAUGGGUUUGGCUCCCAGCAGCAGCAGCAGCCACCAGUACCCCCUCCUCGCGGGGCGGACCACCCAUACGGAAGUCGGCUCUCUCCCUAUGGGUCAGGCCAGCCGACUAUGAUCAGUUCUUCCACAUCGUAUCAGCCACUUUCAUCACCGACGGCGAACGCUUUUGCGACGUCAAGCUCCCCAUCAGCCGCGUACAUCCCCCCGUCUGCAUCCCGUCCCUAUUUCCCCGUUGCAGCUGGUUUCGGCUCCGACUCGCCAUACCCUACUCCCACCAUCCCCCCAGUGAGCAGCAGCCAUGAAGAGCAGCCACCGGAGCCACCAGCCCAUCAACCCCAAGGAGGUGGGCUCUACAGUAAACGGACCGGUAUCCCCUAUUCGGCUUCUUCGAGGACUCUUCCCACACCCCCAGUGCAGCAGGACCUUCCUAGCUUGCCUCCUAGGCGAACCGAAACUUUAAACAGACACCCGCAAGCCCGACCUCUCCCUGGACCACCAGUAGACGCGGAGCCUGACUUUAAUGGACCCCACGGACGACCGCGAUCUAGCAACGCACAUAAUGACGAAUUAAUGAAGGAGCUCGAAACAGCAGUGAUGGACACACAGGCAACGUUUGCCCGGCGUCAUAGCUCUAGGACGUCGUAUAAUGGUUCCGGCUCGCAUGUGCGUCUAUCACCAGACGAGCAGCACACUCACACCAACGGCAACGUCUCCGAGUUCCAGAUCAAUUACGGUGCCUAUAGUGAUGACAGCGAGGCCGAGGCUGAAGCAGGGCUUGCAAUGUUGCGCAUGGCAGAAGAGGAGGACCAGGCACGACAGGAGCGGGAGCGUAUGCAAAACCGCAGACGGUCGACGAAUGCUUCAGUAAUGAGCUCUUGUUCACAUGGCUCUCAAACAUCGGCUAGGGUACCAUCGCCGCAAUAUGCAUCCCCAAGACAGCCGUCCUCACGGGGGAAUUCCCCUCGCUCGAUGCCCCAGGAAGACGGCGAUUUCAUUGGCCAUGAUCUCGCUCUGUAUGAGGGAGGCUACCAGGGAAAUCUUCAUUAUGGAGAAGAGCCCGUGUACAGCUCCGAAGAACACUUGGAAGCUACGACGGGCGGGGGAUUCCAACGCACUCAUGAUUCUUUCAGAAGCUCCGACAUAUCCCCCGAUGAGCGUGACGACUACGAACAUCCUCCGAUUGCAUAUGAGUACGCAAAUCGCCUGCAUCAUCUCCCGUCUGACGCCCGCGUGGACGCUGGAGGUACCGGUGGCCUCUCUGCGCCUGGAUAUUAUGGCCGACGGAUGAGCUUCGAUUAUGGCGAAGAUGCCGAGAGUCCGUACGAACAGCAGCAGCAGGAUGGAUAUCAAUCGGGCGAGAACAGCCCCCACGGUGGAGCACCCGAGGAUCUCUUCUUCCAUCCUGGCAUGCGCCCACUACCGCCCGCACCGGUAGAGCCCGCUGGCGGUGCGGAACUGUACAGCCACCUGAUGCCCGCAGGCACGUAUCGACCGCCAGAGCAGGAUGAAACGCAGGGUCAUCAACAGUACACACACCCCUCCUCGAUCACAACGUCCGUGGAUCAGUAUGGAGAGGAAAUUCUCAGUCCAUCUCAAGUUCCGCGGUCGUCAUCUCUGUCGACACCCAUUGGACCGCGUGCCGAUGCGCCUAUCAGAUCGAAGACCGAUGCGGACCGCAUGAAGUACAAGCAACAGCAGGAAUACCUCUGGCAGCUGCAGCAGAAGGAGCUGCCAAAGAUUGACCCGACCGAAGCGGCGGCUUCCGUGGCUUUGGAUCUGCCGGCCAUUCCUGCUGCGCGGCGCAAGAAAUUCAAUCCUACCAAGAUGUCGUCAGAGCAAUUCAAGAAGUGCACAGAGCCUUGGGCAUUGAGCUCCAUUCUGGCCUGGAUCAAGGACCUUAGUCAGGAUGAGACCGAUCUUCGCGAGCAGGCUAUUGUUGAUGCAAUCGUGGCCUUGUUCACUCACAAGGUGCCCACCAUGAACAUCGCAGAUGCCGAAACCCUAGCCGCUCGGGCUGUGAGUAACAUGUUCAAGGAGGACGCUCUGGUCAAGGAAGAAGAAUGGGUCAAAUUCAGCAGUGGACGCAUUUCUGGUGUAUUGUUCCAGAUUACCGGAACUGGAUGCUAUUCGCCUAGGCUGCAUGAGCAGGAGAUGCCCUUCCAGGAUACGGACUCACAUGGGCGUUGUUAUUCGCAUCACUGCAUGCGAACCUUGAAGAAGGUCAACUUGAAAGCACAGAUGAUGGCCCCCCAGAAGAAGAUAGAGGAUUGGGUGACUUUCUACAAGGUGCCCAAAGAAGUCUGGGAGUCCCAUCCGAAGAAGGAAGUCGACCGUCAGAACAAUCUUCAUGAGAUUGUGACCACCGAGGAUGCCUACAUUGGGCAGCUAGACGUUUUGCGAGAGCUCUACCGUGACCAGCUGGCAAGCAUGAACCCCCCAAUCAUCCCGGUCAAGCGACUGAACAAGUUCUUGACCGACGUCUUUGGCAAGGUCGAUGCAGUGAAAAAGGUGAACGAAGAUUUCCUGCUGGCACAGCUCAAGUAUCGUCAAAAGGAACAGGGCCCCUUCAUUGCUGGAUUCAGUGACAUUUUUCGUGAAUGGAUUCGUAAAGCAAAGAACGUCUACAUUGACUAUGCUACGACAUUCCCUCACGCCAAUCACUAUAUCCGACGCGAAUCUGAUCGUAAUCCGCAGUUCAAGGCCUUCUUGAAUCAAGUGCGGGAACACAAGUUGUCCAACCGAUUGAGCUGGGAUACAUUCCUCAAGGCUCCAAUCACUCGGAUUCAGCGCUACACACUUUUACUUGCUACCGUACACAGAAACAUGGUCAAGGACUCGGAGGAGAAGACAAAUUUGGCGCAAGCCAUUGAGGAAAUCAAGGUUGUUGCAUUGGAAUGUGAUAGUAAGGUUGGCGAGCAGAGCAAGAAAACCGAUCUGAUGGAUCUUGCAAGCAAGCUCCAGCUCCGGCCGGAGAUGAAGAAAGAAGUCGAGCUCAAUCUGGACCACAUGGGCCGUGAAAUUGUCUUCCGAGGUGACCUGCAGCGUCCCGGUACGCGAACUCGGUUUCUUGUCGACACGCAUGCUAUCCUUUUCGACCACUACUUUGUUUUGGCCAAGUCAUUUACCGCACGAGAUGCGCGAAUCGGCAAGUAUGAGCGGUACGAUGUCUCGAAGUUACCCAUCCCAAUGGACCUUCUAGCACUAGAGAGUACCAAUGACGACCCCGUGGUCAAGUCAUCCGUGCGCGGUGUUGCAACCGUCACCCCUGCCCAGGGGGCCGCAAGCCCUCUGGUCCAUACCGGUGGCCCCUCUGCUAAUGGCGCCGGGGUCACCCUGGACUCCAAAGACGACAAGAUCCUGUAUCCAUUCAAGAUCAAGCAUCUCGGCAAGAACGGCACCUACACACUCUACGCAUUCUCGUCAAAUAGCCGCAUUGAAUGGUGUCAAAAGAUCAUUGAAGCGAAGACUAAACACGCUGCCGCCUUGUUUUCACAAAAUGCCGAGCCUUUCCGACUUCGGGUUCUUGCAGAUACUGCGUUUGCAUACUCAGAUCAUAUCCAUGGAUCGAAGAGUGUUAUGAUCAAGGGUACUCCGCUGCACCGUGCUAUUAAGGAGGUUGAGAAGAAGUAUGAGGCUGGGUCUAGACCUCUGCCCGUGUGCAGGACCGGCGUGCAUUGUGCGACUGUCUUUCAGCAGCCUCCUGGUAGGAUGAUGUGUGCUAUUGGUACCGACUAUGGUGUCUACAUGUCUGAUCUUAGUGACCCGCGUGGUUGGUACAGGGCCAUUCCCAUCAUGCGGGUCACGCAGGUAGCUGUCUUCGAGGACUUCAAUCUCUUCUUGUUGAUUGCCGAUCGGUCUCUGAUCGCUUAUCAUCUUGAUGUAGUGUGUCCUGCUAGUGGCAUUCCAUCACAGUCGCAGGACUCUGCUCGUCGUGCUCCGCAGAAACUCUCUGGCAAUCGCGAAGUCGGCUUCUUUGCCGCAGGCCGCAUGAAAGACCGUUACUUGGUUCUGUACAAGAAGCGUGAUGGUCUUUCCUCGACCUUUAAGGUUCUCGAACCCAUCCUCCAGAAAUCAUCUUCCAACAAGAGUCGCUUCUUCCAAUCCCGUCGCUCUCAAACCGAGUUCUUCCGCGAGUUCGACGAGUUCUACAUCCCCGCCGAGUCCUAUGGAAUCAACAUGUUCCAUUCCUCCCUUGCCAUCUCCACCCAGCGUGGCAUCGAGGUCCUCACCCUCGAUAAGAAGCAGUCAUGGUCUGUACCCGACUUCCGUUCCGCAAACCAAGACGCCAACGACACACUCCACAGUAUCGCCCAGCGCAUCAAGGAUCUUCGUCCUCUGGGUAUGUUCCGACUCAGCGAAAGUGAGUUUUUGGUCGCGUACCAGGAAUGCGCCGUGUAUGUCAACAAGCACGGUGACGUUUCUCGAAGUGUGGUCAUGGAGUUUGUGGGUAGUGCACACACUGCUUGUCUACAUGGCAAGUUUCUUAUCCUGUUCAAUGAUGACUUUGUUGAAGUCCGCAAUGCAAUGAACGGCCGGUUGAGACAGGUCAUCCCUGGUCAUAAUGUGGUCUGUCUGGAUGAUGGGAGCAAGUUGCCUGGCUCAUUCGGCCAGGCUGCUGCUGGCAACAUGAGCGGCUUCUCCGCUUCGGCUAAUGGCGCCUCGCCAGCUGCUGCCGGGCAGACUGUGAAGAUCUGCAUGCAACAUCCCGCGUACGAGCGCAGCCAGCUUGUGCUCGAGUUGGUUGAGAAUGAGGGUCAGAAGGAGUAAAUUGAUUUCCGUUACUCUGCGGCUUUUCCGCUAAUUCCGGAUUUACUAUCGAUCGCUUCAAUGCUUUGUCGAUACCUAAAGCUUUACUGUCCCUUGUCCCCAUCCUUCUUUUCCACCUAAUUUUCCUAUGCCUCAUCUACUUGUCCCCAAGCUUUUGUCCCCCCCAGUCCAUGUUCAUACCCUCGUCAUCUUCGUCCAUAUUUUCGAAACAAUCUCUUUCAACGCGGAAUGCAUUUACGGGAUCUUUCUGGCGUGUAUGGGCAAUUGGCCCUUUUUUCCCCACCGUUGUUUCAGGACGCUUUUGCAAAGCGCUGUUUCAAUUCCAUGAUUGUACAUAGAUAUGUCAGUGUGCCAUCUUACGACUUUAAUGAUUUGAUUCACAAUCUUGCAUAGUCCCUGUUGAACCCGUAUCAUUGUUCUUACUCUAAAAUGUCUCAUCUAAGC